AUGAUGCAUGCAGAAAGGAGCAGCCAGAGUUUUGACUCUAAACUCAGGAUAAAUUCUUUCACGUAUGAUGUUAAGCGAGAUGUAUACAAUGAGGAGACCUUUCAACAGCAGCACAGAACAAAGAUCUCUUCCUCUAGGAACUUGGAUAUCGACAUCACCACCUUCAGACAUCAUGUCCAGUGCCGCUGCUCAUCACAAAAGUUCCUAAGAUGCAUACUUACACUCUUUCCCUUUCUAGAGUGGGUAUGUUUAUAUCGAUUCAAAGACUGGCUUCUUGGAGACUUACUUGCUGGUCUAAAUGUUGGCCUCGUGCAAGUUCCCCAAGUACUGUCGUUUAGUUUGCUGGCAAGGCAACUGAUUCCUCCUCUCAAUGUCUCUUAUGCAGCUUUCUGCUCUUCAGUAAUUUAUGUAAUUUUUGGAUCAUGUCAUCAAAUGUCUAUUGGUACCUUCUUCCUUGUAAGUGCACUCAUGAUCAAUGUCCUGAAGUCUUACCCCUUCAACAAUGGCCACCUGCUACAGGGAACGUUCAUUAAGGGUGAUUUUUCUGACUCUGUCUACAUUACGGCCUAUAACAAAUCAUUGAGUGCAAUGGCAUCCACAACUUUUCUGACUGGGAUUAUUCAGUUAUCAAUGGGCGUGUUAGGUUUUGGCUUCAUUGCCACUUACCUUCCUGAGGCUGUAAUCAGCGCUUACCUGGCUGCCACGGCAUUACACAUUAUCCUGUCUCAGUUGACUUUCAUCUUCGGGAUUACGAUUAGUUUCCAUGCUGGUCCUGUCUCCUUUUUCCAUAACAUAAUUAACUACUGUAUAGCUCUCCCGAAAGCUAAUUCUACCAGCAUCCUACUAUUUCUAACUACUGUUGUGGCUCUGAGAAUAAACAAAUGUAUCAGAAUUUCCUUCAACCAGUAUCCCUUGGAGUUUCCCAUGGAAAUUAUUCUGAUUCUUGGCUUCACUGCUCUUGCAAACAAGGUAGGCAUGGCCACAGAAAACACUAGGGACAUCAUUGAGAUGAUUCCUUACAGCUUCCUAUUUCCUGUAACACCAGACUUCAGCAUUCUUCCUCAGAUUAUUUUAGAAGCCAUCUCCUUAGCACUCGUCAGCUCCUCUCUGCUCGUCUUUUUGGGAAAGAAGAUUGCUUCUUUCCAUAACUACAAUGUCAAUUCCAACCAGGAUUUAAUAGCUAUUGGCCUUUGCAAUGUUGUCAGUUCAUUUUUCAGCUCUUGUGUGUUUACUGGUGCUAUUAUCAGGACAAUUAUCCAGGAUAAAUCUGGAGGAAGACAACAGUUUGCAUCUCUGGUAGGCGCAGGUGUGAUGCUGCUCCUGAUGGUGAAGGUGAACCACUUCUUCUAUGAAAUGCCAAACGCUGUGCUGGCUGGUAUUAUUCUGAGCAACCUCGUACCCUACUUUGAAACCAUUUAUAAUCUACCCAGUCUGUGGAAGCAGAACCAAUAUGACUGUGUUAUUUGGCUGGUGACAUUCUUAGCUGCACUUCUCCUGGGACUAGACCUUGGGCUACUCAUUUCAAUAGUGUUUGCUUUCUUCAUUGUUACUGUUCAGUCACACAGAACUAAAAUUCUCCUGCUGGGCCAGAUCCCUAACACCAACAUUUAUAGAUGCAUCUCUGACUAUCGGGAGAUUAUGACCAUCUCCGGGGUAAAGAUCUUCCAGUGCUGCAACGCCAUCACCUUUGUAAAUGUUCACCACCUAAAGCACAAGCUGCUGAAAGAGGUUGAGAUGGUAAGGGUACCACUUAAAGAAGAAGAAGUCUUCAGCCUGUUCAAUCAAGGCCAUGAGAGCUUCCAGAGAGACCAGAUUUGGAGGUGUUACUGCAACUGUGAUGAGCUGGAGCCACCGCCCAGGAUUGUCUACACAGAACGAUUCGAAAGUAAACUGGGCCAUGACACAUCCUCCAUUAAUCUGAUCCACUGCUCACGUUUGGGAAGCAUGAACCUGAGCGAAUCUUCAUGUGAAGGACAAGUACCGUACACGGUCUCUUCCAUGUCCCAGAGAAUUCCAGGGCAACACUAUGAAGAUGUGGAGGAACUUUGGUUUCCUAAUAACGCCUCUAGAAAGAGCUCCAUGCCACUUUCUGCUCCAGCUGAAAGUUUGAUCAGGGACAGAGCAGUGCUCGCCCCAUACUCAGGCGUAGGUCUUCAGUCUGCCAUCCACACCAUCAUCUUGGAUUUUACCAUGGUGCAUUAUGUGGAUUCACGGGCUUCCGUCAUAUUGAGACAGAUGUGCAAUGCUUUCCAAAACGCCAACAUUUUGGUGCUCAUUGCAGGGUGUCACUCUUCUCUGGUCAGGUCAUUUGAGAGGAAUGAUUUCUUCGAUGCUGGCAUCACCAAGUCCCAGAUGUUCCUCUCCCUCCAUGACGCCGUGCUGUUUGCCUUGUCCAGGAAGCUUACAGACUCCUCAGAGUUAAGCGUGGAUGAAUCAGAGACCGUCAUACAGGAAACCUUCUCAGAAAAAGACAAGGUCAGAGGAUAAUAACCAUGGGGGAAGAGUUAGGGGAAAGUAAGGUGGGGGUACACUUGAUCAGAUAGAGAUGGCUUUAAGUAUGGUUAUGCUAGACUUUGAGGUGUUGAAAUACUCCCUUACCUCUUAGUAAAUUGCAGCAGACCUGAGUCCCAAGUUUCCUCACUGUCAUAGGUGACAUUCAGGACCCUUUCCUAACUGAAGAGAAGGUUACCCA